AUGCAAACGCGGACAGCCGCGCACACCUUCGAUCAAGUCCGACUGAGCGCCUCGUCGUCGUCAUACAGUUCGACGGACGCGACUCGAACACCCUCACAGCGUGAGACGGCUUGCGGGCCGGCCGGCACCCGACUUCCACCUCCCUCGCCUGCACCGCCUCCAAACCUCAUCACUUCGCCUCACUCGCACCCUCCAGCGCCCGCCAGGCCUUUCGACGCCAUCCAGUACCCCAAGGAUGGCCCGCUCGCGCCUCACGACCCCCUCCAAGCUCAACCUCUCGUCCCUCCCGUCUCCCAACUCGCACGGCCCCCGCUUCCCCGUCUUCGUCCUCCCCUCGAUACCGCCAAAGACGCUCGUGUCGCCUGUCAGGCCGAGGAGUCUGAGUGGUGGGGGCGGAGUGGUGCUGGGUCGUCUGCCGAGGCUGGAGCAGUAGCGAGGGGUGAUCGUCUUCGGGUUGCAACGCGCUGGUCGCUUUGCUUCCGUCACUCGCGCUCGCUGCCCAAGAUGCUUGUUGAGUGGCCUCGCCGCGAUCCCUCGUUCUCCCCGCCCUCGUCCCAGGCAAGUGGACACUUUGAAGGCUGGCGGGGGUACGAUCGAGGCCAAGGCUGGCGGCGUGUCGGUGUGGAAAGGGCGGCUGCGUCAGCCAAAAGGGAUCAGGCCGUGACAUUCUCUAUUACCCUGCACCAUCCGGCCGACUCGCCCUGGGAUCUUCCGAAGCUGGUCGAGCAGACCGCCUCCUCUCUCACCAGCCUCUCACCAAACAACGUCCGCCUGUUCUUUCCGCGAAGCGGACGGUCGCUCUACGCCAACGAGACGUUCCUCUCGAAUGCGUCGCCCUACUUCAAGACGCUCUUUGAGGCCGGCUUCUCCAAGGAUGACAAGGCGGCGGCAGACCGAACUUCGACCGCCGAAACCCUCCCGCCUUACACCUUUGACGACUCGGACGACGAGACGGACGGUUUCCUUGACAAGCCAACCUCGUCCAGCGAGCCGUCAUCCAUCCCCUGCAAGACGAUCAAGAUCAUCGACACGGCAUACUCGACCUACUUUGCCGUCCUCGUCUGGCUCGUCACGGGGAAGAUCUCCUUCGCACCCUCCCGCUCGUCCCGCACGAUGCCGCCUCCUCGACCCUCCAGCGCCGCCUCAACUCGCUCAAUGGCGAUCAAAACCGCCAUCGAUGCGCAGACGGUUCCGGUCCCUCCUCCCGUCUCGGCCAAAUCAGUCUACCGCCUCGCUCACCUCCUCAAACUCGACUCGCUCGCUUCCUUCGCCCUCUCGCAGAUCCGCUCGCAACUCACGAUCGAAAAUGUCGCCUACACGUUGUACAGCGACAUCGCUUCUGCCUAUCCGGAGGUACAGAGCGCAGCGCUGGACUUUGCGGUGGAGAAGUGGGAGAAGGUUGUGGGUGCUGAGGCGACGAACGAGAUGGAGCGCUUGGCCGAGGGAGGAGAGGCGGAUUCGGCGAUGGCUGCGACGGCGAUGAAGCUUGCGAAGAGGCUGGCGGGGAGGAUCAAGUAG